GAUUUGUUAUAUCUUAAGUGCAAUAUUUCAAAAUAAUUAUGACAUUUGAUUUAAACAUAAGAACGAUUUACAGAAUUUGAUUUUAAUUGCUGUUUUUAAUUAGAAAUAGUUUUAUAAUAAAAUCAUUUAAGUACAAAAAUGUCACAAGAUUAUCCUGACGAUUAUAAAGGGAAAAGGUCUCCAGUUAAAAAAGUAUAUUAUUAUACAUUAAUUUAUUUGAAUAUAAUUUAUUUAUUGAUUUUUUAUUAUAUUUAUUAGGUAAAAGACGAUCUUAAACAAUUUGGUUCCAAGCGAUUACCAAUAGUUUUAGCCAAACAUGACGGGUCUAUUGAACGAAUUCAAGAAUCUGAAAAAUCUCAUUCACAACCUACAAUAUUAAUAAAACCUCGAGAUACAGAAAAUAGACCAUUGUCACCUACUCAAAAAUUGAAUCCCCAAAUGAUGUAAAUAUUUGUUCAAGUUUUUAGUUCCUUUAGUGUUUUUGACCAUUAUUUCUCUUGUGGUCCUAUAUUGCCUAUCAUUGUACAUCUUUUUGUUCUUAAUCAUUAUGUCCUACUUAUAUAUAUAAAUUUUUUUUUCGAUAUUAUUCAUGUAAUACAUUAGUUAAAAGUUAUUUUAAAACAAUGCACAUUGUUUCUAAUUAACUAUUUCAGAACAAAGAAAGAAGACUCUUAUACUCCUGUACAAAAACCAGGGAAUGAAGGUAAAUAUAACUUAUAUUAUUUAAGUAUGCAAAAUUAAACCAAAAAUAAUGAAUUAUUACUAGACCAAGUAUUACCUCCAGCUGAAAUGAAAGCACCAGUUAAAAUGAUUGAUGACUAUAUGCAAUUUAUAAAUGAAGGUUUAAGUAACAGUUUACUUGAUCAGAUGGAUUUCUUAGUCAUUGGCUGUCUGGGAUUACAGGGUGUUGGAAAAUCUACACUUAUGUCUGAUAUUGCCAACAAGUAAAUUAUAACUUAAUUAUUUAUUUAAACUAGAAUUGUUUUAUGAAAUUUUCAAAUAAUUAUUUUGUUUUAUUCUCUUUAUAUUCGACUGACAGGCCAAAUCUGUUUACAACUACUUCUUCUGAAUAUCUAGAAACAUCCCAAAAUUGUACUUCUGGUAUUGAUGCAUAUAUUACUAAAAAUAGAAUCAUUUUAUUGGAUUGUCAACCAAUAUUAUCGUCAUCUGUUGCUUAUUCUGCUAGUCAAAAACGAAUGGGUCAAUCAAUAGAUCAAUCAGGUUUAAUAAUUGAUAAUGAAAUUGUUUCUUUGCAAUUGACUGCAUUCCUUAUGUCAGUAUGUCAUAUAGUAUUGGUAGUACAAGAUUGGUUUUUUGAUUCUAGUAUAAUCAAGUAAAUAUUCUAAUGGUUUACAGAAAUAUUAUUCCUAAAUAUAAAUAUUUUAUUGAAUUUAGGAUAUUACAAACAGCAGAGAUGUUGAAACCACCAAUGCUUACUACACAUCGAAACGAGGAAUUGGUAGAAUAUUUUCCUCAUAUUAUAUUUGUGCAAAAUAAAUCAUUCUAUUCUGAUUUCAGUAUUGAAAAUAUUAAACAGAUACAAGUAAAAAGAUAAUAUAUUCAAGAAAAAUAAAUUAUUAAAAAUAUUUAAAUUUUUAGCAUGUUUAUGCCCAAUUAUUUGCAAGGUCUCGUCUUCUUAUUCAAAGUGGAAUCAGUAUCGCAAAUGGCAAUGUCAUAAGUGAAUUGAAUCCAUUAAAUUGUGGUGAACCAAUUAACUUAUUUGUCUUGGCUAAUAUCGAGAAAGAUAAAAAUUCUGGUUUGUUAUUAGCAUUUUGUUAUAAAAAUGAAUUAAAAUUAUCAAUUAAGUUACUAUUUUAUUUCAUACCUUUAUAUAUAUUUUAUAAUUAGGAACCUGAUUUAAAUGUAUUUACAACAAAUUAUUAUCCUUUAAAAUGAUAAUUAUUAGGUUUACGGUUCUUGUUAUUUGAGUCUGAAGAUAAAUCUGGAUGAUCGAUUAAUGAAGUUAAGAUGAAGGCAUUAUUAAAAUAAUAAAUAAAAUGUUUAAAAAUCUGUAUUGAUGAAGAAUAUCUAAAACUAAUUAAAUUGUUUGAGUUACAUGAAUUAAAACUAUUAAUUUGUAAAAUUAACAAAUGCAACUAACAAAAUGGUUUAAAUUUACCCUAAAUAUGUAAAAUAAAAGUUUUACUUUUAAAAUAUGUACUUAAAAAGCAUUGAUUUAGAUCAAGGGUUCUCAACCUAGGGGACAUGCUUCCCUAGUAAGGCAUGACAUUUUGAGGGAACCUUGAGGUUUUUUUGAAAACCCCAUAUUCCACUUUCAAGUUUAGGUAGUAAAUUAGUAGAGCAAUAACAAAACAGCGCGCGUCAUGCCGCAACAUGAAUGAUACUCCACUACUCUUCGCCUACCUAAACUUAAAAAUGAAAUAUCUUGUAAUUUUAAAUAAAGGUUCUCAUUUGAAAAACCAAAUUAAGUAUCACUACAGAUGCUCUCCUUAAAUGUUGUUAAAAAUCUAAGUAUUUAAAUAUACAUAUUAGAUUUAACCAUACUUAAAUAUUCCAAAAAUUAGAAUUUUAAUAAAUGCAAAACUUAUCACUACAUCCAAGAAUAUGAGCCGAGCACGCUUAGUGAAUCACUCUGUAUAUAAUUCAAUUUUAUAAUGAUGAGAGGGGCAUGAUCUCGUGCAAUAAUUAAAAGGUACUCUGGGACCUAUAAUUUUAUUUGUAAUUAUAUUAUUGUAUAUGGUAAUAUUGUAGAAAAUUACAAAGAGAAGAAAAACCUGUAUGUUGCUUUUAUAGAUUUAGAGAAAGCUUAUGAGUUAUGACAGUCCUGAGAGAGAUUUUGAUGUAGGCGUUAAUCAUAAAAGGAUUUUGAGAUUGUAUAUUAGUUUGAUAAAGAUUAUGUUUAUGUAUAAGGUUCAAAUAUCAGUGUAAGAAGUGUGUAUGAUGUUUGGAGAUGAUAUAGUUUUAAUAGCAGGAAAUCUGGAAGUGAACAGGGGACUUAAGGAAUGAAGAAUAACCCUUAAAGGACUAAGGAUAAGUAGAAAUAUAACAGAAUAUAAAAAGUAAGAAUUUAGAAAACAAGGUAGGCUAAUGAUAAUAAGUGGUGACAUCGCGCGAGGUUGAGAGCUUUAAGUAUCUAGGAUCUUUUGUUCUAAAGAAUGGCAACUUUGGUGAUAGCGUAAAACAUAGGAUUAAAUAGAGAGAAGCAUUAGGUGUUUUAUGUGAUUCCAAUGAGACUGAAAGGUAAGUUCUACAAAAGUGUGAUGAAACUGUUACAUGAUUUGGAAAGUGGGCUGCUGUGGAUUGAAAAUUAUAAUAUAGAUAAUAUAUUGGUGGACAAGUAGUGACAAGAGAAGAUAAUAUAAGGAAUGAGUACAUAAAAAGCUUUAAUGUGGCUUUUAUAGUGGACAAAAAAACAGAUGGAUGGGUAUGUCACGAAAAGAUGAAUCGGAAGCAUUAAGAAUUGCAAUGAAAAUAGAUUUUGUAUUCAACCCAUAUAGUUAGUUUUGCAGUUGGACAUGUGCUCUCUACUCCUCUCUGUUCUCGGGGAAAUGUCUUAAUUUCAGUGUAGCUCAAUAGUCUAGUAUUGGAAAUCAUUUGUUCGACAAAUGAAGUUCUUGGAUGUCCUGGACCCUCUUUACCUUCAAUUUUCCCUUAUAUUCUAUAAACUAGUUCAUUUUCAUGCCUCAAUAUAUAACCAAUCAUGUUCCAUCCAUUGUUUUGCUCUGAUAGAUUUGAGUAUAUCUCUGUGUUCAUCUAUUUCACUGAGUAUGUUUUUGUUGGUAUAGUUUAAUCCAACUCGCUCAUAGCAUCCUUCUCCAUUCCUACAUUUCAAAGUUUUUGAGGACUCGUUCUGCUUUAUUUAGUAUCCAGGUUUUGCAGCCAUAUAGUGCCAUACUCCAUACAUAUACCUUUAUAAAGUGUUUCUUCACCCCAAUAACCAUACUAUUGAAGCGUAACAAAUUUUUCUUAUUCAUAAACGCGGACUUUGCCUGUGCGAUUCUGGAUUAUAUUUCCAUGACGUAUCUGCCGUCCUGGAUGAUUGAGCUGCCUAGGUUUUUAAAAUGUUCUAUUUGUUCAAGCCAAUUCCCUAUUUGGAUAUUAAUUCUAAGUUUUUGGUCUGAUUUUUGGUAUAUCAUAACUUUCGUUUUUUACCAGUUGAUCAUCAAAGGUUUAAAAGAAUCUCCAUAUUUCUUUGUCCAAUUUUAUGCCUAUUUUAUUUCUAAGAAAUGUUUCCCUUAUUUCUUUAAUAGGUUCUUCAUAAAUAUUAAAUAAAGCUGGUGAGAGUGGAUAUCCUUGUCUUACAGCCCUUCUAAUUAUCACUGUCCCUGUAUUGUCCGUUACUUUUCUUGUGACUGUUUGGUCUCUGUUUAAAUUAUAUAUUGUCCUAUCUCUGAAGUUAGUUCCUAUUCCUUUUAAAUUUAGAAUAAAUCUUUCCAUGGUACCUUAUUGAAAGCCUUUUCCAAAUCUAUAAACGCUACAAAUGUGUAAGAGGUAAAAAAGGAAAAGAAAGCUGGUGUGGACAGUGUAAAAUACCGGGUCAAGUUAAAAUUUAAGUUAUGGCUGACCCUAAAUAGUUGGGUUGAAGGCAACAAAGGGGAAGUAUAUUGUAAAAUUAUGCCCAGGCUGGUGAUAAAUUAAUAAACCAAUAAUAAUGUAAACUACAAUUAUCUGUAAAUAUAUUUUAUCAUUUUAAGAGGAAAAUAAUUACUCAUAUAGACAUUAUGAAACUUUAUUGAUUAAUUUAAAUUUGUCUAGAAAUUAAUGGACUUCAUAAAAUGCAACCAGGUCGGUCCAUUUUAAUUCAAGAGUUCAGAAAACAGUUAUUAAGUUUACCAAUAUCACCCCUCACUCAUACACAAUUAACAGAAAGAACUUGGUAAGUGAAAAAAUGUUUUAUAUAUCUAUAAUGAGAGAAUAUUUAUUAUUAGUUGUUAUUCAAAUUACUAGUUAAAUUACAAUGACUCACAAUAUAAUAAAUUUGUAUAUUUUUAUAGGUUUCAUUAUUGUGCCAAAGUAUGGGAUUCAAUAAAGAAAAGUCAAUUUUUUAAUGAGUAUAAUAGACUUCAGGCAUUAUAAAUUAUUUAUUAAAGCUAAAUGAUAAACAAUAUAAUCUUUAUGACCAAAAAAUUUAAUUAUUUUGAUGUAUGAUAAAAAAAUUAAUUAGGACAAAUCUUAUAAGAAAAAAAAAAAAAAAAAAAAAAAAAAAAAAAUACUUAACAAAGUUUACUUAAACUUUUAUAGAUUUCAGCUUACGAUUCAAUUCUUCAAACUUCAAAACUUUUCUAAUAAAGAAAUCACCAUAACGAUGAGCCACUUUAGUAUCAGCAAUGUGUAUCAUGUCACGAUCAAUAUAAAAGUCCAACUAAAAAUAUAAAUGAUUAAAAAACGUUAGUUUUCAAAAACUUACAUACAAAAUUGUUAACAAACCUCAGAUCCUGAAUGAAAAUAUCCAUCUAAUCCAGAAGCUCCCUUGUUCCAAACAAUAUUCUUCAUUUUGUGUUUGAAACACAAUAAAUGUUUUAUUAAAUUGUCUUUAUCAUCGGUUACUUCAUUGUUUUCACGUUGGGCUUGUCCUUGAGCCAUAAAUGUCACCAGUUUGUUAAUAGGCAAAGUUGUGUACAAUUUUAAAUAACUGAAAGUAAUAUGUACAUAAGAAUAAAAUAAUAAUAUACAUAAAAAUACUUUUCACAAUUUUUAUACCUCCGAAUUGUAGGCAACAUUUUUUGUUGUUUUACUUCAGCCAUGAAAACAGAAGUUUGAUAUUUUUCUGCUUCUUUUACUGAAUCUUCAGCAGGAUCCAUAGACAAAAAUUUUGGACAAGCCAUUUGGAAACAAUUUUCAAACUCUUGCAAAUCACCAUACUGCAUUUUAAACAUCCUAUCUGUGUAAUUUUUUUCACGCAAUACUUGUUGAAUAGACUCAUCAACACAUUGAGGAUGCAAUACUAAACACAUAGCUAGCAAUGUAUACAUCUGAUCAGUUUGUUUGUUUAUCUA